AUGGGGCCUCAAUAUCGGAACCUGAGGUCGGCGCACGAGGCACGACUGGACGCAACCCUUCGGACCUACUUUGCAGGUGAUGCGAAGGUUGAAUACAAGAUCGCAUCUCCUUUCCCACCCCCCUGUUACUUCACCAACGGUAUCGCCGGCCCAAAGGAGCAACCUUUUAUAAAGGACCACACGGGAACUCCGUUCAUGUUCUACCUGCAUGGGCUAUCCGGAAAACAGAGAACCAGACUUCUGUCAGAUAUGGUGAUCCCCACUAACUUUGAAACGUACAUGAUCCUUGAUCCGACUGAUUUCAUCUCGGAUUUUGCGUUCACCAUAGAUGGGCUCAAUGCCCCCCCAACCGAACAAGGGCAAAAGAUGGUCGAGAAACUCCUCAAGGACAAACUGUACAUGACAGACAAAGUAUGGACUUUCCUCAGCUCUCACCAUGACGCUAUCCCCCCCUCAGUUCAUGACGACAAAGUACUGGCCAUGGUCAUCCUCUCUCUCAUCGCGAGAAGCAUAUGGAUCGAAGGAAGAUGUGGUGAGCCAGGAUGUCAGGGGUGGAACAUCUGGAUCCCUCAUCCCUCAAAGAUACCUUGCCACCAUGUAGAGUGGCUUAACAUGUUGAAAUCCGCCUUCCCCAUCCGGACUGGAUCAGGCUUUGGAGGAACGGCUCGCCUUAUCAAAGUCCCCUUUUUUUGCAAAGGCUGCAAGGGCACGAGCCACCCUACCAUGCAAUGCCCUAUCAAGGAACAGCUAGGAGACCUGCUGUGA